AGAGAAAAGGUAAAAAAAUAAAAAAAUAAACGUUUGCGUUUCAGGUACUCCAUCUCCGUCUCUUUUUUCCUCCGCAUCAGAAAAAAAAAUAUCUCCGACGAAGGAGAAGCGAGAUAGGGAGAAAGGGGCGCGAAAAUGGCGGAGAUUGGAGGAAUCGGCUGUGGCUGUCGCGGCGUCUCCGGCGGUAACUUCUUCUUCCACCCCGUCGGAGGAAGAUUCUCCUUGAAAACUUGCUUCCUCCAGCAGAGAACGAGGCGGAAUCGAAACUUCUUCCGAAACCUCUCCAUCGCCCCUUCCUUCAAACGCGGCGGCCGUUUAAUCACGAAAUGGAGCUCCGUCGCUGGGAACAGCCCAAUCUUUAGUAUGGAUGCUGGGGAGAAAUCAAGAUCGUUUGUGUUGGUAUCAUCAAGGCACAAGAAAGUCCCUGUUUAUGUUAUGAUGCCUAUUGAUACUUUUGGGAUCGACUCUUCUGGCUGCCCUAUCAUUAAAAGGCUCAAGGCUUUAACUGUUUCUCUUAAGGCACUCAAGUUAGCUGGUGUUCAUGGAGUCGCGGUUGAGGUUUGGUGGGGGAUUGUGGAGCGUUUCUCUCCUCUGGAGUUUAAAUGGUCGCUCUACGAUGAGCUCUUCAGGCUGGUUUCUGAGGCAGGGUUGAAGUUGCACGUUGCUCUUUGUUUUCAUUCGAAUAUGCACUUGUUUCGUGGUAAAGGAGGAGGCGUCAGUCUUCCACUCUGGAUCCGAGAGAUUGGGGACGUCAAUAAGGAUAUAUACUAUCGAGAUAAAAACGGCUUCUCCAAUAAUGACUAUUUGACACUUGGAGUCGACCAACUUCCUUUGUUUGGUGGCCGCACUGCCGUCCAAUGCUAUGAAGAUUUUAUGCUCAGCUUUUCUAAAAACUUUGAACCAUAUUUUGGAAACUUGAUUGAAGAAAUAAGCAUCGGUCUUGGUCCUUCGGGGGAGCUUAGAUAUCCGGCACAUCCUUUGGGAGAUGGUAGAUGGACAUUCCCUGGUAUUGGUGAAUUUCAAUGCCAUGACAAAUACAUGAUGGAAGACUUAAUGGCUGUGGCUUCUCGAGAAGGCAAACCUCAAUGGGGAAGCAGAGAUCUUCCUAAUGCAGGGUGCUAUAAUAGCUUUCCAUCUGAGGUUCCUUUCUUUGAGGAGGGCCAUGAUAGUUUUCUCUCCGACUAUGGUCGUUUCUUUCUAGAAUGGUACAGUGGGAAGUUGAUUUGUCAUGCUGAUGCUAUUCUUGCAAAGGCAGCCGAUGUUUUGCGGAGACGUCAGGAAGAGGAGAAAAGCUCUGUAAUGUUGGUUGCAAAAAUUGGUGGAAUAUAUUGGUGGUAUAAGACAUCUUCACACCCUGCUGAACUCACUGCAGGUUAUUACAAUACCGCACUCAGGGAUGGUUAUGAUCCUCUCGCUUCUGUCUUGUCCCGCCAUGGUGCUGCUCUGCAUAUCCCCUGCUUGGAUAUGGCGGACAGUGAAACACCUGAGAAGUAUCUUUGCAGUCCUGAAGGAUUGCUUAAACAGAUACACGAUGUUUCAAAGAAGAGGACAAUACAAGUGACUGGUAGAAACACAAGCGAAAGAUUUGAUGUGGUGAGAGAUGGGACUAAGGCAAAUACGAGAGAACUGUGUGCAGCCGAAUGGGGAAACUGUAAGAUCGUUUACAUUUUUCAGAAUGAACGAGAAGAUCUUUAGGGUCGAGAACUGGAACAACUUUGUCCCUUUCGUUAGGCAGAUGAGUGCAGAUAUGUAAACUUAACCAAUAGUAGCCAUUGGCGAGUGUAAUUUUUCUUUUGUUACAGAAUUGAUCUUUCCUCACCAUAUUGCUUUUUCAGAUAUGUGAUGAGGAUAAAUAAAUCAAAUCAAAAUUGUUAUAAGAUGUAGUUCUAGUUCCAUGGAAGAGACCAGGACUUGCCUAUCAGCAGCAUCAGCAACAAUGGGCAACCUCGGAAUCAGACCAAACAAGCAAGCAGAAAAACCAUAGAUCAAAGAGACAAGCAAGAAGAGGAACACAGUGCUGUCCAGACUCAUCACCACAUCCAG